UCCUCUAUACAGGUAUAACCCCUACCGCGACCUUGAUUAUUCUGGAUAUCACAAAAACCUCAUCCAAAUAUUUUCCCCAUCGGGCUAAUUUCUUAGUAAACAUGGAGUCCACAAAAUCUGCUCAAUGGAGGUGGCCGGUUAAUGGGGUUUUAUUAACAGCAUUUUACUGGCAAUAAUUUCGGGACUUUGAUAACUGGCCGUUGAAUAAAGGGUGACCGCUUAAUAGGUAGCCGCUUGAUAGAGGUUCGACUAUAAUCUCCAAUCUCGAGUUAAUGUUACGUUUUCUCCUCACAAUUUUCUUUAAUAUCUUAAGUUACUUUUGUCAUGCGUUUUGAAAUUAAUACGUUUCAGGGUGUGAUUACUAAUUGCCUAAAACCCGAAGCUGGAGUAUUUGAACUGGACAAUAAAAUAAGGUUGUAUAUUAGUCACCAGCCUUCUCCGAAUCUGGGUCGUGGCCUACGUGUUGGAGCGCACGUGACUACUCACAAUGUUCACCUGUGUAAGAAAGGAAAGAAAACUCUGGGACUGUGUUGCUGCACGCAAAGCACUGUGGGAGUGGUGAAGUUUUCACCUCUGGCGUCACCUUGGAAGCCUUACAAUCCUUGUGUGAGUCCGUUGGCUCUGUUAGCACAGAAUCUCACCCUGGCUGAUUAUGUGGACUUGCUUGAGAUGUGCGAGAAAGUUCUUGAUAAAUUUUCACAUCUCUACAGGACAAGCCAGCUGGUCUCUUACUCUUCAAGACAGAAUAGAGAAUUAAAGGAAGAAAGUGUACUGGAAUUGUUGCUCUCCUUCGUAAAACGAACCUCAGCUGCCGCAAACGUACAACCAAGAAACAUCUAUGAUGAAUUUUUCGAGUUACCUCACAAGUGUCAUCCAAACCGAGCCAGUGUACUGACAUUUCCUUGGCUUCCGACAGUUAAGGAAUUCCUUGAUGCUGUGAGCCAGAAUAUCGCUGAUAAGCCAUGGCUGAGCGGGCUGAUGAGUAGCACAACUACAACAACACAGGAAAAUGAAGACUGGAUGUACAAGAUGGUGUCUCAAGAUUGCUUUAGCCGUCCAUUGAUUCUUGUUGGCUGUCUUCGAAGUUCUUCAAGGACUGGUCAGUUGAAAUUGCUUGACCAAACAGGCGAAAUCUCCUGCAUGAUUGCAGCUGGUGACCAACAAUCCACAGGACAUGAUUGUACAACACAUUGUUGCAAAGAAUCGUGUUUUGACGACAAGUGUGCCAGAUGUCCCUACGCGCAGACCUGGCAUACUGACGCUAUGCUUCAAAUCAGCAAGUUUGAGGUUGUCUUGGAGACAUUUCACCCGAGAAAUCUCCUUCAUGAAGAUUUUUCCGCAGAUAGAAAUCGACUUUAUCUUCAGUUUUCCUUUGAUAACGUAGAAAUUGUGAUUUCUAAAGACACUUGCAGAAAACCAGAUUGCAAGCGGAAGACGAGACGUUCAGGCAACGGGAAAGGAAAUUCUAAAACGUGUGCUUUGGUUAAAAGCUUGAAUGAAGAAGCCAACGCGACUUUGGGCAAGAGAGUUAAUGGAUUUAUCUGCAAGAUUAUUUUUGUUGUCAGGAUCUGCGAAGUUGCCGCCCUGAGAAGAGUGCAAGAAGAGCUGUGUUAUCCUUGCGGUGUGGAAAUCAAAGUCGUGGCUGUUUACAGAAACGACGUUGAAAAAGCCGCUGGAAAUAAGAGUUUUGCCUCGGAACGAAUAGAUUCAUCCUGUUUAAACAUAUCUGAUUUUCUCUCAGAAUUCAAACUACAAAGCAAAACUGCUGCACUAAGACUGGUGAAGAGAAACUUGUGCUGGUCGCAGUUUCUUCAUGCUGGUUGCUUUUACGUCAUCACCGAAACAGUUCCAAAUGAAAAAAGUUCCCGGAUCUUACAAAAUGGUAACUUACAGGCACUGAUCAACGUCAGUUCCGAUAUGCUGUUAGAGAGAAUUUGCUGGUGUAAAAGGUGCAGCCUUGCACCAUCAAAAGAUGCAGUAAACAGCAUGGAAAUCGUGAAAGCGCUUGACGAGCUGAAAGAUGAUUUUUUGAAAACUGAUAGAUUGCAAACUGUGGAUGCUGUUCUUAGUGAUGCUUCAUGUAAGGGAGACGAAGGUGACAAAUCAUUGGAACCAAGUUGUUCUACAAGCACACAAGUCAGCUUCCGAGCUGUUUUUGUCAGUCGAGAACUGCGCCAGUCAGACACUGCUGGCCAGCUGCUUCCUAAUGAGCUUGUGGAAGUACCAAAGCUUGGUCCAGUUAAAAUGGCAACUAUAAAAGAUCUGCAGCUAGCCCUUACUCUUCUAAAAAAUGCCAUUAUACAGUUAAGAGUUCGAGACCUUGAAUCGUCAAACACGAUUUCUGUCUACCUGGACUUGAGGAGAACAACAUAUAUUUGUGGGAUGUUGCCUGGUGCUAUUGUCCAGUUUCGUAGGUUGGUGAGAAAAUUCUCCCGCUCAAGAAACGUGUAUUGUACCUUUGAGGCGUGCUCCUCAGUUUUCGUGGAGCGACGCGCAAUUACGAGCCUUAACGACGUUCAGCCGAAUCCACAAUUUUCGGUCAGCGUUACAGCAUCAAGAUCUGGCGAAGAAACCAAUAGGCCUCUUGCACAGCGCCAACUCAUCGAACUCAUUCAGAGUGAGGCACAAGGGAAAUUUGUGCAGACCAUUUCAUUUGUGCGUUGCCGAGUAACGGCUGUACAAAAAGCGAGUCUGCGAUGGCUCUGUAAACGUUGUGGGGAGCUGGUAACGAGAAAUGAGUGUACCGCUGGAUGUUACAGCUCGAAAGGCUACAAAAUUAAUGCUGAAGUCAGGUGUGUGGUGGAAGACGGCACAGGUGAGGCUCAGCUGUAUGUUUAUGACGACAUUGUGGCUACAGUGCUGAAGUUGUCCAGUCAGCAGUGGCGGCAUCUUCAGGAUUUGGCCAUGCGCACCGGAGAGUUAAUGUACCAGCGGUACAAAUGGUUUGGCGGAAACAGUCGUCCGAAGCUCAAUCAAGGAAAUUUAUCGUCGAGAGAAACAGACGCUAAAAUGAUCUUUGAAAAUCACUGUUGUUCAUCCCAAGUCAAACGGCGAAUCUUGUUGGAAUGUAAGCUGUUCCGCUUCAACAAGAGUGGAGGUGACGGAGCAAACCAAGGGCACGAGUGUCGUAGUAUAACUGUAGGUUCAACAGAACACAGCACUUUUGUGUUACCAAAACUCCUCUUAAGAGCAGUCUCUAUCACUGAGGUGCCCGCGCUGGAAGAAAUUCGUCAGCUGCUACAACAAGUUGUCGAUGGAUGACAAAAGUGAUUCCAUACCACAGGGACAUCAACUAUUAUAUGUUGAACAUUUAAUCUUCAAACCACAGGGACAUCAACUACUACAACACGUUGAAGUGAACAUCUAGUCUUUGCCGUAAAUUCCUUGUACCUUGGUCUUGUUGAGGGACGUUUUGCACGGUGUGACGUUGGUUGUGUAGCGGUAAACAAUAUGUAAAGUUCCGUUAUGAAGAGAUAUAGCUAUGCACGUCACAGGACUCGAAUGUCAGCAAAGGGAUAGAUCUAGAGAGUAUGAAGCGUUCCACGUUGAACGGUUUAGAAGAAACAACAGUUUUAUUACUACUGAAUCAAUGUUACAAGGAAAUACACAAGCCUCAGAUAGUAAAGUCUAGGCAAGUGGGUUAAAUUAUAAUUCUGAUCAAUUUGGUGGCCGGAGACGCAGCGGCCAAAUGUUGAUGACUAAUAUAGUUAUAAACCAUCUGAUUGUAAAAAGAACGCCUGAUCACAGGUUACUGAAGGUGGGUCCAUUUCAAAGGUGAUGUUAUGCUAACUGGAAUUUAGAGCUCCGACAUUGUACCGUGAAUGACAUAACAAACAUUAAACAAUCUUACUCUUGGUUAUGUACAUUAAAAUUAUUUUCUACAGCAAACCAAAACCUUUAAUAUCUGCAUAUAAUUAUUCUUACCCUAUCGUUUCUUUAAAGAAAGAGUUCCUCUGCGGGAAAAUGCUAUUAAAAGAUAACAUGUUAUGUCCUCUAUAAUAUAGUACGCUUUUGUAGGCUUCUUGAAAUCUUCUUUUCACCAAGCCGUAAAUCAGAAUAUUUACAGCACAGCCACUUGCAAUAAAUGUAAAAGUGCUAGAAAAAAAAAAAAGCCUUGAAACAUGUAAUAGACAGAAGGGUUCCAACAAAUGAUUAAUGUAAAAAUGGUAGUGAAUAAUAAUGUUAAAAUUUGGA